AUAUAAUGGAGAUGGUGAAAGCCCUGCCUCUCCAAAUACUUUGGUCAAACAUUGUUUUACUUUGAUAAGAAUGAUGAGUUCCAAGACUUUCCUCCUCCUUGCUCUUUCAGCUGCUGCUGUUGUUCUCAUCUCUUCAGAGAUGGCUGCUGGACACCUUGCUGAAACUACCACAGAUAUCAAUAAUGCUGAAGUGGCUACUCAAACAACUGAGGCUGAGGUACACGUUGCCAUCAGAUAUGGAGGCUGCAGAUUUGGUUGCUGUAAUAUUAGAAUCCCUGGACCGGCAUGCCAGAGGUGCUGCGCGUACGCUGGCGAGGAGGUCGAUGUUGUAACUCAUGGGGAUCCUCACAACUAAUGUAGCAUUUGCAUGUGUCUAGUUACAUGGGACCAAACCGUAGUUUGGUGUGUCCUAAGCAUAAAUGAAUAAAAUUGUGCUUAAUUAUCUCAAA